UGUCCCACCCACUUCUUCAAAGUUAUCUAGGCUACGCCACUGAGAAAGACCCAUCUCUGAACACUGUGAAGCAAAGCUGACUUCUGUCUUAUUUAUCGGUCAGUUUGAGAUUGAGAAACCAGGAUGUCCAAAACUGUCAUACCCAUGAACACUUCAACACUCGUCAUUCAGCUGCAACCAGCUCCUGGGACGACGGAGACAAAUGCUCCUGGACCUGUUUACGUACAACAGAUGAUGGGAGUUUCACCUCUUCAAGGACUUCAAGCAUUUCUGAAAGGACAACCAAAAGUCCUUGGGGCGGUCCAGAUAAUGAUCGGUGUGAUGACUUUGCUGUUUGGCAUUGUGUGUACAGUUUAUGCAGAAGCCAUCUUUGUCUAUAGUGGUGUUCCUUACUGGGGAUCUCUCAUCUACAUUGCUGCAGGUUCACUCUGCAUUGCUGCAGAGUAUAAUAUUAAGUCUCCCGCCAAUUUGUGUUUGGUGAAUGCUUCACUGGGAAUGAACAUUUUCAGUAUGAUAACUGCAGUGAUUGCCAUUAUUUUACUUUCAGUAGAUGUUGUUAUAUGGCAAUACCCUAACUGCAGCGAUUCUUCCUGUUAUUUGAAGGAAAGGUAUGAGAUUCUCUUCAGGGGAAUCAGAGGUGUAUUAAUAUUAUUUGCCCUGCUCGAGUUUGUCAUCUCCAUCUGUCUGUCAGCAUUUGCCUGUAAAGCCAUCGCCGGCGAUUCUCCUGCUCUGGAGCAGUUUGUGCAGGUUUUUUCACCACAGUCCUCUGAUUUCACGCGUUUACAGGAUCUCAAGAGCUCAGAGAUACCUGUGGCAAGCAUCUCUUCCAUUCAUCACCAGCCUGCAGACACUCCUCCACAAUACAUUGAAUCCAAAUAAAUAUGAAUAAGUGGACUGUUACCUUAUGAAACAAAAAAAAUGUGGGAUUGUGUUAGAAAAUAUAAUGCCAUAUAUUAAAUAAUAUAUUACUAUAUAUUGUUAUUGUUAUCUUAUAUUUUUAAACAUACUGCAAUAUAUACUGCACCACAAUUUUACAUGUAAUAGCUUUAUUAAAACUCAAUUUCAAAAGUUAAUGCUUAGGUUCACAUAUAGCUGAACACAAACUUUUCUCUCACUUUAUUGUUUGCAUAGUUACACAUUCAUUAUAAGAAAAUAUUUGUGAUGUAUAAAAGAAAACUGUACUGAAAAGAUAAAUAAAAGUUUUGGACUUUUAGACGA